ACGUGGGUGGGUCUUUGAGACCCACAUAUUCAAGCAAACCACCAACAACUUCACAGAGAAGACUGAAGAGCAUGAAGGCCAUGGCAUUAUGCAGCAGCAGGGGAGUCCCUGUCAUCGACUCUGCAACUUAUUCACCUCUUCUUAUUCAAUCAAUGGCUACCCAGAAGCCUCUACCAGCAGCUGCCAAAACAGUUGGAUCUAGAAAGAAUUCAACUGUUUUCCCCCUUGGAGAGAAAGGCCCUCGGAGUAGCCCCAUAACAACUUCACCUCCAAUAAAGCUACUGACAAGGGUGGAGCAGCUGAAACUACUGACUAAAGCUGAGAAAGCCGGUUUGCUGUCAGCGGCAGAGAAGUUCGGGCUCUCUCUAUCGACAAUAGAGAAACUGGGACUCCUCUCUAAGGCGGAGGAACUAGGAGUCCUUUCUGCAGCAACAGACCCAGGAACCCCAGGGGUUUUGCUGAGCCUGAGCUUAGUUCUGCUGCUUUUGGGUCCCUCCUGUGUUUACCUUGUCCCUGAGGAUUACCCCUGGCAGAUAGCAUUGCAGGUUGCCGUUGCUUUGCUCUCUGUGGUUGCCGGUUCUGCGGCUUUUGCUGCUUCAAAUUUUGUAUCUAACUUGCAGAAAUGAAACUGAAUAUGUCAAAAAGCUAGCUGUGGUUUUCAAUUCUUUGUUAUAUAUGGUAAUCAUAUCAUUGCUGUGGUUGAAAAGCCAUAGAUUGUGCUUU